GCGCCAGGCCACGGAGCCCUCCGGCCCCCGCCGCAGCGGAGAGGCGCAGAGCGUGGCGCGCACCGGGCGGGGCUAAAGGCGGGCGUUUGCAAACGCGUCGCGCCACUGCAACUCCCCGCCUUCGGCCCGGCCAGGAGCCGUCGCGGCCGAUGCUCUAACGGCGGGCGCAGCUGCGGGGCGGCUAGGCGCCGCUUGUGGGGCGAGGCCGGAGGCGUCCCGGCAGCUGCAGCGCGGACGCGGGGCUCCGCGGGCGCGCGCCCCGCGCCCCGCGCUCCUGCCUCCUCCCGUCGCUCCUCCUCAGCGUACGGUCCUCUCCCAGCCCCUCCUUCCACCCACCGGAGAGGAUGCGCUUCUCCGCGUCCAGCGGCAAAGGCCACCGCUCCAAGAAAUGCGUAUGCCCGACCCCCUUUACUGCGACCCAAGGAGCCGGCACCCCCGCCCUGUAGGGUUAUGACUCGGUGAUCAAAAAGGACUUUUACAAAUACUUUGCACUUUGAUUGUGUAUUAUGGAUAACAAGGAAGAAAAGAAGGAACGGAAACAAAGUUAUUUUGCUAGAUUGAAAAAGAAAAAGCAAGCCAAACAAAAUGCAGAGACAGCUUCAGCGAUAGUAUCCAGAACUCACUCUGGGAAGGAAGAUGCUGCCACAGUAAGCUUAGAUCAAGACAAGUGCAGCAUUGCUGUGGAAGAGGAAUAUGUCACUGAUGAGAAAAAGAAGAGAAAAAAUAAUCCAUUAAAGGAAAUCAGGCGUACAGAACUAAAGCGCUAUUACAGCAUUGAUGACAAUCAAAACAAAACACAUGACAAAAAGGAGAAGAAGAUGGUGGUUCAGAAGCCCCAUGGUACCAUUGAAUACACGGCUGGAAGCCAGGAUACCCUAAACUCCAUAGCACUAAAGUUUAACAUCACUCCCAACAAAUUAGUGGAAUUGAAUAAACUUUUCACACAUACCAUUGUUCCAGGCCAGGUCCUUUUUGUGCCAGAUGCCAACUUUCCAUCUAGUACCUUAAGGCUAUCAUCAUCCAGUCCUGGUGCUACUGUCUCUCCGUCAUCAUCAGAUGCAGAAUAUGAUAAACUACCAGAUGCUGACUUAGCAAGAAAGGCCUUGAAGCCCAUUGAAAGGGUUUUGUCAUCUACUUCUGAAGAAGAUGAGCCAGGUGUCGUGAAAUUUCUCAAAAUGAAUUGUCGCUACUUCACAGAUGGAAAGGGAGUGGUUGGAGGCGUCAUGAUUGUCACUCCUAACAACAUCAUGUUUGACCCGCACAAGUCCGAUCCCCUGGUUAUUGAGAACGGAUGUGAGGAGUAUGGUCUCAUCUGCCCCAUGGAAGAGGUCGUUUCCAUUGCCCUCUACAAUGACAUUUCCCACAUGAAGAUCAAAGAUGCACUGCCAUCUGACCUACCUCAGGAUCUUUGUCCUCUGUACAGGCCUGGAGAAUGGGAAGACCUGGCUUCAGAGAAGGAUAUCAAUCCAUUCAGUAAGUUUAAAUCCAUCAGCAAGGAAAAACGGCAGCAGAAUGGAGAGAGAACCAUUAUGUCAGAUUUCAGAUCAACAGAACCUUUGGAAAAGUCAACAGAAUACUCACCUACCAAGUCCUCAGAUGACUACGUGUCAGGGAAAUUGAAGAAACUAGAAUCUUGUAGGGAGACAACCAGUGGGUCUCCCACAAUGACAAAACUUGCCAAGAAACCUUCUGACACUCAAACUGCAUUUAAAUCUGUGACCAAAGAAAACUCCCUUGUAGGGGAAGAUGAUGAUUUUGUUGACCUGGAAGAACUUUCUUCUCAAACUGAGAGUGGAAUGGACAAAAGAGACCCCUCAAAGGAGUGCCUUUCUCUUGACCCAGCAGAACAAAAGAAAGCUGAAUCACCGCUGAUGCAUUCUGCUAUGGAAAUGCAGGUUCAGUCAGCCUUGAACUUUUCGGGAACGGAGAGUGAUGCAGAACUAAAGGGGGCCCUAGACUUAGAAACAUGUGAGAAGCAAGAUAUAAUGCCAGAAGUAGACAAGCAGUCUGGGUCCCCAGAGAGCCAGAUGGAAAAUACAUUGAACAUUCACGAAGACCUAGAUAAAGUCAAACUCAUUGAAUAUUACCUAAAUAAAAAUAAAGAAGGACCACAAUUAGCUGACCAUUUGCAGAAGGCAGAAUUAAGUGAUGGCAAAAGCCUUGAGCCAUUGGGAAUAGACAUCACCCUUAGUAGUACUCUUCCCCAGGCAGGCGAUCUCUCAGCUGAGAGUAAUAAAGAGACAGGUAAAAGCUGGAUCAAAGAGAAAGGGCCACUUCCACUGAAACUGGACCCUUCCACAGAAGAAAAUGUGAAUAAAGAAUCUCUUGACUCCUCUUUGGAAGUUGCUCUGGAUAAUAGCUGUCAAGGUGCACAAACUGAUAAUAAAUCUGAAAUUCAGUUAUGGCUGUUAAAAAGAAUUCAAGUACCUAUUGAAGAUAUACUUCCAUCAAAAGAAGAAAAAAGCAAGAGCCCGCCCAUGUUUCUGUGCAUCAAAGUGGGAAAACCAAUGAGGAAGUCCUUUGCGACCCACACUGCAGCCAUGGUCCAGCAGUAUGGCAAGCGACGGAAGCAGCCAGAGUACUGGUUUGCUGUUCCACGGGAGAGGGUGGAUCAUUUGUACACAUUCUUUGUCCAGUGGUCUCCUGACGUCUAUGGGAAAGAUGCCAAGGAACAAGGCUUUGUCGUAGUGGAAAAGGAGGAACUGAAUAUGAUUGAUAACUUCUUCAGUGAACCAACCACCAAGAGUUGGGAGAUUAUCACCGUUGAGGAGGCAAAGCGCAGGAAGAGCACGUGUAGCUACUAUGAAGAUGCAGACGAGGAGGUGCUGCCCAUCCUGCAGCCCCACAGCGCACUCCUGGAGAACAUGCACAUAGAACAGCUGGCCCGGCGCCUUCCAGCAAGGGUGCAAGGGUAUCCCUGGAGACUAGCCUAUAGUACACUAGAACACGGAACCAGCCUGAAGACUCUGUAUCGGAAGUCAGCAUCACUGGAUAGCCCUGUCCUGUUGGUCAUCAAAGAUAUGGAUAAUCAGAUUUUUGGAGCAUAUGCUACUCAUCCUUUCAAGUUCAGUGACCAUUAUUACGGCACAGGCGAAACUUUUCUCUACACAUUUAGCCCUAAUUUCAAGGUCUUUAAGUGGAGUGGAGAAAACUCGUAUUUUAUCAACGGAGACAUAAGUUCUUUAGAACUUGGUGGUGGAGGGGGGCGAUUUGGUUUGUGGCUAGAUGCUGAUUUAUACCAUGGACGAAGCAACUCUUGCAGCACUUUCAAUAAUGAUAUUCUUUCUAAAAAGGAAGACUUCAUAGUUCAGGACCUGGAGGUAUGGACAUUUGAAUGAGAUUCUCAACUCGAAAGACUGCCUUAAACACAACAUUCAGAAGCCUGGGUUUGCUUUGCCCUCCUAAUGCUGGCUGGAAGACGACGUCCCAGCUCAGGCUGCCCCUUCCCAACGUAAUGCAUUCUUUCUGCUGUCAUCUCGUAGCAUGAUCACCCUGCAGAAAGAUUCUGAAAAAAAUGUGUGUGGAGGGCAAGCACUGUAGAAGGAAAGUUGAAUUCCAGACUGUUGAAAGACUUCAUAGUCAACUUGCUUCCAAUUCAAAAAGUGAGGAAUCAGAGUCUUUAUAGUUGUAUGGGUUAAUGCAACUUUUAUUUUUGGUAACUGUGAAAAAAAAAUAGAUACUGUUGGAAAUAUAUACAUGCCUUGUGUAUUUAUCAACAUAAUUUUCAUUACCAAAAUGUACAGAUAUUGUUUGCCAUGGAAAAGUUUUGUCACAUUCAAAAAAAUUGAAAGUACAUAGCACUUAAGGUGAAUAGUUUUUUUAAUUUAUUUAUUAUUUCUAGUACUUUGUCUAUAAUUUGCAUAUUUUUCUUUUAAUAUGUCAUAUUGAAAUAAAGAAAUGUAUACAUUUUAUGCUAUGUAUGGGGAACAAAUCUGUUUGAUUUAUAUAGUUUUAUAUUGACUUUUUCUUUGCCCUGAUUAUUUAGGGUGAUAGGCCAUCAGCAUAUGUGUGUAUAUAUCCAUAUAUGAAUAUAUAAUACUGAACUUUGGAAAAUUCAACACCCGUGUUCAUUGAUUUGUCAUAUUAUAGAACUUCUUUUGAGUUAGCCAUUAAAAGGUACGUUUUUAGUUACUCAGCCCUGAGCAUAUUUGAGUCAAGAAGAAUGUACCGUUUUUCAUAGUCGUAAGUUGAUAUUUAUAAAAUGUAUACCUUUAUUAACCUAGAAUUAGAACAAACCCUCCUUUGGAAACAAUGUUUGGCUUCUUAAAAAAUCAUGUGUGUUAAUAGCAAAAACUUUAUUUUCGUAGUAUUUUUUGCACAGCUUUCCCUAAGUUUACAUUAAUGAGCAGGCCUCUAUUUUAAAAGGGAUUGGGUGUUUUAAUUUCUGCAUUUUUUAAAAAUCAAAUGAAAAAUGUCAGUUUGGACCAAUUAUCUUAGUUUUUAGAUUUUUUUUUAUUUGAAAGAAAGCAAUGUAAUGAAAUGUAUUCGUGACAAAAUUUGAAAUAAAAAAGAAAAUCUGUUUUAAAUUCCAGCCCAAUUUUCUCAUCAUUAAAACUUUUAUUAAAAUUAUAAUAAAGCCUUGUUAAAAAUCUAACCAAUAUUGUUGAUUGCCAAACUUUUCUGAAAGCCAAAGACUGCUUAUGGAAAAAAAAUUACAAAUAAUAGCCAAAGCUGAAAACUGGACUGUCAUAUAUUAUCUCCCCAUUGAUAUUUGAAAGGAACAAUUAGUAACAAGUACUAUUAAUGUAUUUGCAUUUAAAAUUUUCUUAGAAUGUUUCCUUUAAAUUUUUCUUCUAUUUUAGGUUACCCUUCAAUUUUAGAUUAUUUAUAAGAGAACCAACAAAUAUUACAGUGAGUACAUGUCACAGCAACAAUUAUGCUACUCCCUUUUGCAGUCCAUGCAAGUUUAAAUGAAUGCUUCCAAAUUUUAAAUCUGUAGUCUGGGUAUACCAUUCACCCAAAUUCUCUUGAGAACUCUUGAUUAACAACAUUAUUGGCAGUUUAACUUUAAUCUGUUUGUUAUAAUAUGUUGGUGUGAAAUACCACAAGAAUGUUUCAUGAUGAUCAUGUUUACCAUUUACAACCAUAUGCUAUUAAUAAACAAAAAUGGUCAUUUUGCAUACAGUUUACUCUUAUCUAGUUUAGUCCAUGAUACUAUACUCGGGAGAGCAUACCUAGAUGUUAUGUUCUCUGUUUAAAACAGUAUUGUCCAAUCAGAAAUGUGUAAUCUUUCAUUAAUGGAUACUGACUAUAUGUAAUGCAGUGCUAUCCCAAUAUUUCCAAUAAAGGAAUUUAUGCACUCAG